AUGGCAGACUACUCGGAUGACCUCGUCUUUGACGACAUUCCCUCGGCCAUCAAGGCCUUUGGAGCCGGCGACUUCGUUCUUGUUCUCGACAGCCCUCACCGCGAAAAUGAAGGCGACCUCAUCAUCGCUGCCUCAGCCCUCACUCCCGCAAAAGCUUCCUUCAUGAUCCACCACACCUCGGGCUACCUCUGCGCCGCCCUGCCCAAUGCCCUCGCCGACAAACUCGAUCUACCGCCCAUGGUCGCCGCCUCGUCAAACGCAGAUCCCAAUCGCACUGCCUACACCAUCACCAUCGACGCAGCCGACAACGUCACCACUGGUAUCUCGGCGACAGAUCGCAGCACGACAUGUAAGCUGCUCGCCAAUGAAAAUGUCAACGCAAGCGAUUUCAGGAGACCCGGCCAUGUGGUGCCGUUGCGCGCAGUCGCCGGUGGUGUAAGGCAACGACAGGGUCACACAGAAGCUGCCGUAGAGUUCGCAAGACUUUCUGGUGACAAGAACAACGUGGGUGUGAUCGCAGAGAUUGUAGAAGAGUCAACCGAGGUACCGGGAAAGGCUGAAAGAGGAGGUCUGCACAUGAUGAGGGCGAAAGAGUGUAUCGAGUUUGGAAAAAAAUAUGGUAUCAAGGUUGUUACCAUUGAGCAUUUGAAGAAAUAUGUCGAGGACACCGAGGGCAAGCUGUAA